AUGAGUUCCGAAGUCUCCACAAUGGCGACAUCUUUGAGCACUCAUGAUCCACUUGGCAUCUGCAGAUGCACAGUACAGCCGACUGCUCAGAAAUACAGUCGGAAGCCCCCACAUUCUUGCCACUGCCAGAUACAUGAAACGGAGAACAAAAGCUUGCAGAAGCUUCUCGUGUUGAUUACUUCCGAGAUACCUUUCCAAAACGAGCUGCAUCCCAAUCCUUCUCAUGAGCGCCGCAGUCAUGGCUUCUCACACCCUCCCUAUCGUCUGUGUGGUGGGACUGCUGCUUCUUUCGAGCUCAGCGGUCUCCGCUUUCCAGGGCUCAGAAGCCAACCCUGUGUUGGGACGUCGGUCUCUCCUUCAGUCGUGCCCAGCAAACCGGCCCAAUCCGUGCUACAACAACGACGGCAGCAAGAGCACUUGCUGCCCCAGCCCCGGGGGUUGCAGCUCCACCCCUGGCCCGGAGCCCAGCUGCCAGAAGAGUGUGACCUUCGGAGGCAUCGGAGCAGGCCCCUUCAGCACUUUCACUGCUGACAGCCAGGUCACCGUUAAUGGACAGACCCUUCAGCCUUAUAAGGUCAUGCUCGAGAGCAACAAGAACUAUGGUGGCUACCAGUUCGCCCAAGUCCUCAACUUUGCCGGUGCGCCCAUCGGAGGCAGCGGGGCCGCGGACAAGGUGGCGGCAUUCGAUAGAACCAGCCUGUUUGAGGAGUUUGGCAAGUACUGGGCAGUCACCCAGAAUGAGCAGGUUGCCGGCUCAAUGUACAUCACCGAGCUGACCCAGAGCGCCGACGGCACGCUGACGCCCGUCAAGUCUCAGUUCGUGAAGCAGAACACCAUCUUCGGCAUGUGGCGCCCUUGCAGCGGCACUCUGACCCCCUGGAAGACCCACUUGGGCGGAGAGGAGAACACGCCCCAAACCCGCGGCUACCCGAACCUGGUGUGGGGCCAGAACCUGGCGGCGAGCUCCAAGCGCGGCAAGCCGUAUGCGGACAGCGGCAUCGCGGACCAGGCCAAGAUCCACGGACUGUCCGACCCCAAGGACGUGUCCCCCUACUGGUACGGCUGGGCGGUGGAGGUUGACGUGACCAACGCCGCGGGAGAUUACACCGUCGCCAAGCGCUACGCUCUGGGCCGCUCUGGCAAGGAGAUGCUCGUCGUCAUGCCUGAUCAGCAAACCGUGUACAUCAGCGAGGACCAGAGCAGCAAUGGCGCGCUCUACAUGUUCAAGGCCACGGUCCCCGGGGACCUCCGCAAGGGCAAGCUGUACGCCGCCAAGUGGACCCAGACGAGCGCCUCCAACGGCGGUUCCGCCCAAAUCUCGUGGAUUCCGCUCAACCCCGAGGGCGGUGACGUGGACGAGAGCCUCGUGCAGGCGGCGAUCGCCGGCACUACCUUCAGUCAGACCAAGGCCAGGUUCGAGGACUUGUUCGACUACCAGGAGCCGACCUACCAAGCCGGCACCGGCACGCCCAACUCGCCCCCCGCCGGUUACGUGUCUGUCGUCGUUGAGGCUGACGGUAUCCACGAGUGGCUGCGGUUGAAGCCCGGCAAGGGCCCCCUCGCCUCCGUGCUCGAGUCGCGCCGCAUGGCUGCCUACGUCGGUGCCACCACCGAGUUCUCCAAGUUCGAGGGCAUGGCCUUCGACCCGCAGUCCAACUCGCUGUUCGUCGGCUGCACCACCGUCGACCGCAGCAUGCUCGACAACCCCAACGUCCAGUUCUCCUACGAUGCGGGCGGCCCGAACCACGUGCGCCUGGAGAAGAUCCCCGGGGGCGUGGUGUACCGGCUGAACCUGCAGUACAACGGGCAGGUCGGGUCCAACUACGUGGCCGCGGACAUGUACCCCGAGCUCAUCAGCCCGCCCGCCGCGUUCAACGCCGCCACGGGUGACGUCAGCCCCGACGAGAUCUGCGCCCCGGACAACGUGGGCAUCGACGUGGAGGGCCGCACGCUGUUCAUCAGCGAGGACGGCGACGGGCACCCCAACAACUACUUGUGGGCGCACAACCUGAUCACCAAGGAGAAGAAGCGCAUCUUCGCGGCCAGGCCGGACGCGGAGGUGACGUCAGGGUACUACUUCCCCAACGUGGGCGGCUUCUCGUACCUGAUGGCCACGUCACAGGGGGUGUACCCGGCCGUGGUCGGCUACUGGGCCUUCCCCAAGGACCAGAACGUGGCGCCGGCCAACUAGAUACGCCAUUUUUUGAAAUUGGCAGUGGCAAGGACAUUGUGAGUCUAAUGCGAAUGCUGCAGAAGCAGCGCGGCAACAAAAGAUUGAAUAAACACAAGCCGCGUUGCACAGCUUCGAACGCGGACUCGCAGUUCACAGUUUUGCAAGGAGAGUCUUAAGGUUUGGGAUGAGUCGUAAGAUUCCUCCACAGUUUAUAGAUAGCAUGUGACGCUGACAUGAGCCAAUAAUCCCGGCACAGAUCUCUGUGUGUUUGGCGAGGGUGGGUCCGAAUGUUCCAUUAGGCGUAAGUCGAAAGUCAAAGAUCUACGAUCAGUACUUUUUAACCCUAGUAUUCUUCCGACUUCAUAAGACUGAGC